UUUUACCAUUCUGAGCCCGUAAAGUAAUGGUCAUCAACUGCCAUCAAUUUGGCUUCAUUCACCCCCCGAAGCCGUCACUCACAAUUUGACAAUUGAAUCCUAUUCUUUCCUUUUUAACCUUUUUUUCGUCACCAACAGCGACAUUCUUCUAACCCUCUCUUCUUCACUAUUCUUCUCUAAACCUUUUUUUCACUUCUGAAACUCUUUCAACUUCAAACCCAAUCCACCAUGACAGGUUUCACUUUCUUUUACAUCAACAUAGUUCAAUACUUACCCUUUGCAAGGACCAAGUUGAACUCAUUGAUUUGUUAUUGGAGAACUGAUCAGGAUCAAAUUUUGGAUUUACUGCAUGGAAACUGGAUAAUGAAGAACCGAUGAUCAUAGCCGGAACAAUUAAUGAACUACCGUUUAACAAAUACAAGCGAUGGCAAUGGUGGUUUCUGGUGGGACUCAGCAUAAUGUUUCUCAUCGUUGGACAAUCUGCUGCAGUUAUCCUUGGAAGGUUUUACUAUGAUCAAGGUGGAAAUAGUACAUGGAUGGCUACUUUAGUCCAAACUAUUGCCUUCCCAGUCUUGCUCAUUCCGUUAUUCACAAUUCCUUCUUCUUCUUCAGAGGUUUCAGCUUCUUAUGUUCCUCCUUCCAUCAAACUCAUCGCUUUGAUAUAUUUUGUUCUUGGAAUCAUGAUUGCUGCUGACAAUAUGAUGUAUUCACAAGGACUUUUGUACCUCUCUGCUUCUACCUAUGCACUGAUUUGUGCAUCUCAAUUAGCUUUCAAUGCAAUUUUCUCAUACUUUAUCAACUCUCAAAAGUUCACUGCUUUGAUUGUAAACUCGACCGUGGUUCUCACUUUAUCUUCUUCACUUCUUGCUGUCAAUGAAGAUUCGGACACACCUUCUGGUAUCCCGAAGGGAAAAUACGUUGUUGGUUUCCUUUGUACACUUGGAGCUUCUGCACUUUACUCUCUUUUGCUUUCCCUCAUGCAAUUGACCUUUGAGAAGGUUCUGAAAAAGGAAACAUUUUCUGUUGUUUUGGAAAUGCAAAUCUAUACUUCACUUGUUGCCACUUGCGCAUCCACAAUAGGCCUAUUUGCGAGUGGUGAAUGGCAUAGUUUGCACGAAGAAAUGAAGAGUUUUCAGAAAGGAGAAGUUGCUUAUUUAAUGACAUUGGUUUGGACAGCAAUAGCAUGGCAGGUUUGUUCUGUUGGUGUGGUUGGCUUGAUUUUCUUGGUGUCUUCUCUCUACUCUAAUGUUAUCAGCACUGUGUCUUUGGCUAUUACUCCUAUUGCGGCUGUUAUAGUUUUUCAUGAUAAGAUGAAUGGGGUGAAGAUAAUUUCUAUGCUUAUGGCUUUAUGGGGUUUUGCUUCCUACAUCUAUCAAAAUUAUCUCGAUGAUUUAAAGGCAAGACGCGCACAAGCUGGCACUUCUAAGCCUCACAAUGAAUCUCCAUGUUGAAAUUCUUAGCGACUGCAGGCUUUAGAUUUUAUUUUUUCUUCUGUCCCAUAGAAAUUAUAAGCUGGUAUAGAUACAAGGAUCUUGGCUAUUCUCAUUAUUGAAUUGUAUAAUUUUUUUAAUAAAUGAAAAGGUUAAACGAUGUCUCAGUUAAAAAA